AUUAAUUUUAGUGGUGAUUAUAGUUUUUAUACGAGACAAGGCAUGAAUUUACUCGCCAAAGCUGACAAAAUUUUGCGAAACAUGCUCAAAAGGCAGAAUAAUUAUCCAAUAUAAUAUUAUCUGCAACGAGAGAAUGAACCUUGUCCACACCCAUUUGAUAGCUGAUGCUAAAAUGCCCCGCGAAUUGAAGUUCUGGAACUGUUUGUCAAAACGUAGGAGCGGCCGAAACAGGUCUUGGGGGAACCACCGUCAAUGGCGGCGAAAGUGGAGAUCUUGGAGCUUAAGAGGAACUCCCACCCCAACAACAACUGGGACAAGAUAUUGAAUGAAGUAGUGAAAAUGGAGAAGAAAUUGUUCCCGAAGCACGAGUCUCUGGCCAGAUCAUUCGAGGAGGAGCUGAGGAAGAAGAACACCGGGCUGCUUUACUUGGAACUGGACGGAGAAGUCGCGGGCUAUGUCAUGUACACUUGGCCUUCUUCACUGUGCGCCUCCAUCACCAAGCUCGCAGUGAAAGAGAGCUGUCAAAGGCAAGGGCAUGGAGGGUCGUUGCUGCGAGCGGCGAUUCAGAAGUGCAGAGAGAGGAAAGUACAGAGAGUCUCGCUUCACGUGGAUCCCCUAAGGGCUCCCGCCGUGCAUCUGUACAAGAAAUUGGGGUUCCAAGUCGACGCCUUGAUCCGAGGCUACUACUCUUCGGAUCGCGACGCCUAUCGAAUGUUCUUGGAUUUUGAUGCGGACUGAUUCACUGUCCCAAAACGAUGUCUUCAUCUCAGGCUCUUGAGUUACCGACUAAUUUAGAAAGAACUGGGACCGACUCCAUUCGAUGCACAUGCAAUAUUAUCGAUUGGAGACGAAGGCUACUGAGUUUUUUUUUGCAAAAUGUUC